AUGACGCCGCCUGAAGUAUUGCUCGGAGUAUUAACAUGCAUUCGGCUCUUCGUGUGCGUUGCCGCUGGUGAUGGAGCUGAGGGGUUCGAGAUGUGGUUUACGACUAACAAAGAGGAAAUGGAAAAUAAACCAAUUUAUUUUGACAACGCACUUCCUAAAUGGAUCAGGGGGACUAUAAUCAGAAAUGGCCCUGGGCAGUAUGAGAUGGGAAACCGAAAGUUCGUAAAUGCACUAGAUGGGUAUGGUAAACUUUCUAGCUGGACUUUUAUUGGAAAUGGUUCUGCGUAUUUCUCCACCAAAUUCAUUAAAUCAAAGACCUACACAAAGUCAGCUACAGAAGAUGAUAUUGCACCAUUUCUAACAUUUGACGUCGUAGAUCCGCCAUUUAACGAAGUUCAAAAGACGGAAUCAGUACUGAAUCAGCUUGACAAUAUGAACGUUAAUGUCUAUAAGCUCCUUGAUGAGGGUAAACCCGUGUUCACAGCAUUGUCAGAUACAUGGAAAUUCUACGAAUUUGACCAGUCGCUUACUACAUUAAGGGCUGUAAAAGCGCCAUUUCCUGAAAAGGAACCCGGCGGAAAUGUUGGAUUCAUAAAUACAAUGUCAUGUGCACAUCCAGUCCUCGAGUACGGUACAUCAGAUACGUAUUUCAAUUUCUAUAGUAGUUUAAGUUUGAUUCCUGGUGUGAAGCACAGAUUAACUCUUGUUCGGAUAAAAUCCGUCAAUGACCGCCAAAUUGUUGCACAAUGGGAAACUGAAAAAGUCGCAUAUAUGCAUUCGUUCUCAGUCACACCAAAUUACGUCAUAUUUUUUGUCUCUCCCUAUUACGUUAACAUGGAGGAUCUACUUAUUCAUGGAUCAGUAGUUGAUGGAAUGGAUUGGCUUUCCAACGAUAAUACAACUGUUAAUAUCGUUAACACAAAAACUGGUCAAAUCCACAACAUAGAUAUCGCAAACGUGAUGGCGUUACAUCAUAUCAACGCGUUUGAAUUCCCAGACGGAAGGAUUGCUGUUGAUGUAGCAGGUCACUCAAACCCCUUCUUUUCAAACGCUUUUAAGAUGUCGACCAUUCACAAUGCCACAGCGCGCGCAAGCAUUGAAUACACUACUUUGGUCAGAAGGUAUAUUUUUGAUUUAACGAGAAACAGUUACAGUGAACAUAAAUUCCAGGAUUAUGAUAGAUACCAUUGUGCAUCGAAAUUAGAAGUACCUACAAUUAACGAGAAUUAUCGUUCAAAAUCCUAUUGUUUUGUGUAUGGGACUGUGUUCAACUAUGAUGGAAAAGACUUUGGUCAUAUACCUCUAGUGAAAAAAGACCUUUGUGGCAAAAAGAGAGAUAAGGCAUUAUACAUACCUAACCAUUACCCUAGCGAGGCCUGGUUCAUAUCUUCGCCACCAGAGGUCACUACGUCGGAAGACGACGGUUAUCUAGUAUCUGUAUUCCUUGAAGGAACAACGAAGAAAAGUUAUAUUGCACUGAUUGACCCUAAAAACAUGACGAUUACACAUAAGGCGAUGCUUCCAACCGUUGUUCCAUUUAAUUUCCAUGGUCGUUUCUUUCAGGACAUUGUUUGA